AUGGACACACCCCGGUACUAUGUGGAACAGGAUGCCAAAUUUAAAGGUGGAGGCGACGAGCUCCCAACCUACGACGACCUCGCAGCACAGAAUGGUCCUAAUUCCAGGUUCGGUCGGUGGAGAGGAUGGGUCGAGAAACGAGCUGCUGAGCGCUACAUGGAUGUCACCCCGGAGGAACGCGCAAGAAGACGUGAACGCGGGUGGGGAAAUGAUGAACUGGUGUGCCUGUCUAUAUGCCUUUCUGGCCCCCUAAGUAGUAUUGUCCUAAUUACUGUUUAUCUGUUCCAGGACGAGACAUCCCAGUCAAGCAGUCUAAGUGUUCCCCCCAUCAUUCAAGAGCCAACAACUCCAACGGCAAAUAAUUAUCUUCAUAUCCGGACUGAAGACCUAAAUUUAUGCACGCCGCCUCCAGAAACGCCGCGAUUAAAUUCUCCAUUGCCACCCUUACCCGCUAUCAGCACAAGAAUACGUCCUACGCAUCUAAAGAUGAAUAAUUUUGGGUCGCGAUUUCUUCCUCACGCAACGGCUCCCAUCCGUUGUCUACUUCCCCUCCUUUCCGGAAGGCUCUUGCUCAUCGGUCACGAUGAAGGUCUUUCCGUUCUGGAUAUGUACCCACAGGAAUGGUCGGAAACAGACGUGGGGAUCACGAUCAAAGGCCCAGAAGAGGCUGUAUCACGGCAGAUAUGGCUCGGUGAAGGCGUCUACCAAUUAUCUCUGCUUGAGGUAGAGCAAACAGGAGAAGGAACACCUCAAGGCGUCGUCCUUGCUCUUGUUGGACCAGAUCCUAAUUCACCGAUCUCGAAAGACGUAGAAUCUCUCCGAACACUUCGCAUGUACAACCUGUCUAGUUUAACCAGCCUUGCGAAAUGGGCGGUAGCCCAGAAGGGAAAACGGCCACUAGACUUGUCGAGACCGUCAAAUUGGGUUGCGCAGCAGUCACCCGUAAAAAAGCAUCGUCCACGAAGUAGUAUAGCACGCGGGCUAAAAUCCUGGAUUGAGGCACCCAAUAAUCACCCUGUGGAGCCGCCUACGUCUUCAUACCACAACCUGCUGUCUCCUGCUUCGCUGAUCGGCGCCUCGAACGUUGGAAGUCGACCAGGAAGUCGCUCACCAUCACCCAACCGACCAGGUUCAGAUGAGUCAACGUGGGACGUCAUCAAUGACCUGCCACUCCGAUGGGCAACUGAUUUUGUUCCUCUGGCAUCUACUGGCUCUCGUCUAGCAAACUCAAGUGUCAUCUCUUACGCUCUAUGGAAUCAGAGCGACCGCAAUACUAGUGGCCGAAUGCUGGCAGUAGCCACGAAGUCAAAUAUACUGCUGUAUGAAACGCCCAAAGGGGAGCGUGCUUUUCAUUUUGUCAAGGAUUUCUACACCCCUUUGACACCAAGAAGCAUUACCUUUUUCCAGCAAGUCGUGCAUGAUGUAGCGCGAAGUCCAUCCGACACAGGAUCCUCUUCGCGAUUUCAUCAUGGACACAGGAGGUCUGAUAGCAGUAGUACUGCGCGAGGCGAUCGCGCACUUACGCCUCCCAACGCACUCCUAAGCUAUGGUACCCAUCUCAGUAUCUUUGUCGUUUUCGACAAGAAAGCUGGCUGGAUCCGCCUGGCUGAUUCUGCUGUUGGGGAGGUGGAGCUCUACGACGACAGCGCAGGAUCCAGUCAUUCACGCGAACUCAACAGCUCGCUCAAUUCACGGAGGUCUCGUUAUUCCGUAGACUUCAGCUCAGCAUUGGGUAAAUGGAUACCUCCCGUACAAUGCGAGAUACCCCUCCCUUCUUCGUCAAAGUACCCUCUGACCAAGAAAGUCCAUUUGUUGACUCGAGGUAAACAGACUCACAUUCUGCCUUGCCCGGUACCUACGGGUACCUCAAACUCGUAUCCACCGUUACGAGUGAUUAUCUGGAAGUCACCGCCAACAAGUGUGACGCCAAGGAUUUGUUCGAACAAUGAUGGUGAUUCUCCAUCAAGAUUUCUUCAGCUGAUCGCUCUCGGUGAGCACGGGGUGGAGGUGCAGGAGAUGUCCGUAAGCUUCCUAAGCAAAGGCAAGGGAAAGGCUCGGGCUGAUGACAUCGUUUAUGGCGAGGAUGAUGCUGGAGGUGACACAGGCUUCCUCUGUGUCGGCGGGCAUUGGGAUCAACCACUUUAUCCGCCAUAUCAACCACUCAACCGAUCCUCCAGUAGUGCGAGUGAUAUCUCGUUGGAGUCCGUUAAUAGCAUGGAAUCAGGCGAACUCCUGGCGAAGAUGAAGAUGGAUCAAGGGUUGUAUGGUUGGUGCCGCAAGGGCCUGGAGGAUUGGAGAGUCUUCUGGUUGGGCGGUUCGACCGUAGAUGACGACGAAUCUGACGAAGACGAUUGA